UCUGUGAAACGAACGUGUAACGUUAGCAUGUCUGCCACGAUAUGUGGUUCAAGGGAACACGUGGAUGGAUGUAUAAUAAUAACAACAUCACCAUGUUAGUUAGCAUUAGCAUGCUGUUAAGCUAAUGCGAAUGGUAAUGUCGGCCAUUUCACAAAUUUAUUAGGAUGUUGUCGCGCGGGAUAUUGCCAUUGACGUAUAUAUAAGGAUAUUGCACCCAUUAUUUCCACGUUCCAUAAAUGCGCGCGUGUGUGGAACGUUCAGGGUUGCAUAAAGCUGUAUCAGCGCUACCGGAUGGUUCCCAUAGAAAAGCCCAGAGAAGCGUCUGCAGUCCGGUUAACCAGAUAUUGAUCAACAACAGUGAGUCUGCAGACCAACAAAGACAACAUGGACGCUACAACAGGAGCACAAACAUGGUUAUUGAUUUAGCCGACCUGCUGAUUCUUGUUAAGAUGUGUGAUCAGAAAAAUUGUGGUGACCAAGGUGACAUGUUAAACACUGAUGAUGUGGACGAGCUGUCAGCCAGUGAUGAAUCUGAGCCUGAAGAACGACCCAGCAGUGCUCCCUUUGACCCAGAGCUGGACGACGACGACGAUGAUGAUGAUGAUUAUGGUGGAGAGGUUGAGAUCUCUGCUCUAGCUGGACACCAAGCUCAGAGUUCCUUCAGUCUGAGAGGAGGAAGCUCAGCUUUCUCAAACCGUAGCCACAGCAUCUUUGAAUGCCUGGACAGUGUUACCCGGCCAACCGCCUCCUCUCUGAGCCACGAUAACGUUACUGACGGAGUAUUUGCUCUGCCACUGCCUCCACAUCCCAGCAGAAAGACAAGUCAGCCUCUGGCCAGCUGCCCCACACCAGCAAAGAAAAGAGGAGUUCCGGACUACCUGGUGCACCCUGAGCGUUGGACCCGCUACAGUCUGGAAGAAGUGACAAUGACCUGCGACAAGGGCAACAGAAGGGUAGCUCACAACUUCCUCUCUAGUCUGCAGCAGAGGAAAGAGCUGCAGGAGAGUGGGAGUGAUUCCUCCUGUGACAUCCAGCAGAAGAUUAUCUUCUCCAGACCCAGCGGGCUGCUGAUUGAACAACCUGCUGAACAGCUGUCAGCUGUUGGAGGCAAAGAGGAGACACACCUUAGUCAUCUGGAGGAGGACGACGAGGAUGAAGAGGGCACGGAGAAAGCCAGAAACCAGAGUGUAGAAAAAGCUAAGGAAAGGGCGAGAGAUGAAGAAAAAGACACAAGGGGAGUUUUGGAUCGACCAGAGGAGAAGAAACCGGUGCAAAAACAAAAAGCGGAGGAAGAGGCCAACCCCGCCUUUACCUCCUUCAGGAAGACCAAGCGUAAGAACUACAGGAAAAGCUCAGGGCGAGAUGAUAACUGACCACGACACAGCUCUUUGCUGCCUCAUCACUUUGUCAAAAUAGUACAAACCGCAGAUGUAAAAAACAUGUUAAGUAAAAAACAUUGUUGUCCAUUUAAAUGUGCUGACUUUACUGUACUCAGUCCAAAGCCGAGCACAGCGCAAGCGGGAGGAUUUUGGAUUGAGCCCAGAGCAGAUUUUUUAAAUGUUGGAGCGUCGCCUUAUCACCCACUCCAUCCCGCUCCAAUUUCGCUGCAGUACUGCUCACACCACGAGUUUGAAGCAUCCCCAAGCCCGUCUUCGUGUUACUGCAGCAUAUGCAGAUGAACGGUGCACGCCCGCCCUACCUCCCCAUGCCGCCAGUGCCUGUCAUACGGUGGACUUUUUGCUGGAGGAGCUCCAGGCAUUAAGGGAAGGUUCAUCUAAUAAAUACAAUGCAGCUUUUUUCCUUUUUUGAAGCAAGUGGUUGAGCUAUUUGAGUAAAGCGAGUUGAAAUCUGAGUGGAGCGCAGAGCAAUACUGAGCAAAGUGGCUGGGAGCGGCUUUGAGUGAGGGAGCAGAGAGAAUGAACGGUUCCGUGAGCAAGGAGUGGAAAUUCUCACUGCUCCAAUGAUGCUCUAUACUCAACCAAACCUCAAACUGAUAAA